UCUCGUGUUUCCUCGUGGAGAGAGUAUAAAUAGGAACGCCGUCUGUAUUGACUCUUAAGAAUCUAACACAGCUCAACUGAAAAUGAAGCUAUUGUUGGUGUUAGCUUCCCUGCUGGUGGCGGCUCAAGGGCAAGAGGUGAUACUAAAUGCGCCAGGGAUUAUUGAAACUAACAAGGAGCAGUGCGAAAGGGAGCUACUGAGAUAUCAAAUUUGGGACUGGCGGAUCAUGUUCCCUGAGGAUGUUGUUCGGAACAUAUAUAACAGGCUCCUUCCUCAAAUAGAGAAGGCAUUCAUAGGCCAUCAAGAUCUCCUCCAGAAAAUGGACAACUACUCAAGCUAUCAAACUGCGCUUCCACACAUGCGAGGAGAGGGAGAUUUCACCGACUGCAGGGAUUUGUGCCCAUCUACACCCAUUCGUGUUGGUGGUAUAGCCAUAGCAAACGUAUCAGCACUGGGAAACCGGGAUGUCUGUUUAAUUGUCAAACCAGAGCUCCAGAAUUUCCAUUACCAACAAUGCAAUAACAAAAUGGCUGCAGAAGUUCCAGAUUCAAGAGACUUCGAAAUGAAAUAUGCCUGUGUUCCCGAUGGCUUCAUUAGAAGGAAGCUAAUCGUGUUCUGUCCGAACGCUCCAAUGGGUCAGUGUAGGGAAGUGGAGGUGUCAACUCCUAUGGCCUGCAGUCCAAAGCUAGCUAAAUGUUCAUUCACUGAUGAAUAUCUUGAGAAGAAGAAAAGGGAAGACAAUCUGAGAAGUCAAGACAAGGCGACAAAGCGUAAUAAAUACCUAAGUGGUCUAUUUAAAAUUAAAGUAUAGUGGGUGCGCGAAUUUGAACAGAGAUAUUAGUUUGGUUUUUACUUCAAAUUGCAUCAACUAGGUAGAUACAAACAAACCAAAUGAAUUCAUCAAUGAUCAGUACAUAUUGUACAUUGUAUAUACGCCCAGUCCUUUUCACAUAUUCACAAUGGUUUGUUUUAAUAUUUUAUAUUCAAAAUGGUGUUUAUUUACUUUGUUUUUGACACUGUUGUUAUUUGAAAAUUGUAUCUGUCAUUUGUCUAUUUGUAACUUUUGUGUAUUGAGCUUUUAACCUGCCCAUGACGUGAUAUCCAUCAGUGGAAAGUGCAAUAAAAUUUACAGUGAUGCAUCGUA